UGGCCAGAGCGCCGAGCCCGCGCCUCCGGCGUCUCGGAGGCGUGCGUCUUUCUCCUUAUAUGGUCAAAUGACACGAGGGGUUCGCCAGGGCUGGAGGCAGCGCUCCACUCAGCAGGCUGCGGAGCGGCAUCCUGGAGCAGCUGCCUUCGCCACCCCGGACCUCUGUCCCGCCGUGUCCUCGAGCGCCUGCCCGCUGCGUGGCUGUUGAAAAAUCAGGUGUCAAAAUGACUGAACGCUUUGACUGCCACCAUUGUGAAGAAUCUCUUUUUGGGAAGAAGUACAUCCUGAGAGAGGAAAGCCCCUACUGCCUGGCCUGCUUCGAGGCCCUUUAUGCCAGCACAUGUGAGGAGUGCAGGAAGCCCAUUGGCUGCGACUGCAAGGACUUGUCCUAUAAGGACCGACACUGGCAUGAGGCCUGUUUCCAUUGCUCACGGUGCAAGAGCUCGCUGGUGGACAAGCCCUUCGCUGCCAAGGAGGACCAGCUACUCUGCACAGACUGCUACUCCCACGAGUACUCUUCCAAGUGCCAGGAGUGCAAGAAGACCAUCAUGCCAGGGACCCGCAAGAUGGAGUACAAAAGCAGCAACUGGCAUGAGACCUGCUUCAUCUGCCAUCGCUGUCAGCAGCCAAUUGGAACCAAGAGCUUUAUCCCCAAGGAUGGGCAGAAUUUCUGUGUGCCCUGCUAUGAGAAACAGUAUGCCUUGCAAUGUGUUCAUUGCAAAAAGCCCAUCACCACUGGGGGGGUCACCUACCGGGAGCAGCCCUGGCACAAGGAGUGCUUUGUGUGCACAGCCUGCAGGAAGCCACUGUCUGGGCAGCGUUUCACAUCCCGGGACGAGUUUGCCUACUGCCUGAACUGCUUCUGCGACCUUUAUGCCAAGAAGUGUGCUGGGUGCACCAACCCCAUCAGUGGACUUGGCGGCACAAAGUACAUCUCCUUUGAGGAACGGCAGUGGCAUAACGACUGCUUUAACUGCAAGAAGUGUUCCCUCUCACUGGUGGGCCGAGGCUUCCUCACAGAAAGGGAUGACAUCCUGUGCCCCGACUGCGGGAAAGACAUCUGAGGUCAACACAAAUUACUGCUUGCAACACACACAGAUUUAUAUAUUUUCUUUCUCAACCAGGCAACAUUGUGUUCUGGUUCCCACCAGCCACACCAAGAGUUUCCUCUUGUGCUUCUCAAUGAUACUCACGUUUGUUAAAAUCCUUUAUAUUAGUAGUUCAUUCCUGGGGAAGGAGAAAACCCUUAUGGAAACGUUAGGUGGAAAAAUGGUUUUGAAUUUUUAUAAUCAAGCAAAAUCCAAGUACAAAAUCCUCUUGAAUAUCUUUAUAUAAAUGUAUCUUUUUUCACUGUGUAUUUAAUUUUUAAGUGCAUUAACAUGUCACAAACUUGAAAGUUUUCCAAACUACAUAAGGUAAUGAAAAACUGAUAUUUAUGACCAUGUAACAUCCUGUUGUGUAAUGCCUGCAGCAAGAUUAUAUGGCUAAUAAUAAAGUUAUCCAGGCACAGCGUGUGAAGUAAUGAUUAAACAUUAAGGUGCUACAUAUAAACAACACUUUAUUGCAUGUUCUACUGAUCACUGUCUGACAUGCUAUUCUCGUGAGCUGGGUCAGUGUUAACCAAAACUGCAUCACACCUUUUAUUUAAAAGCUUUGGUCAGCACUAUGACCUCUUCCUUGCUAUCUUUUCUUUGUUCCCCUUUCCCAAACUCUCUCUCUCUUGGAAUUCAACAGUCUGCACUUGAUCCAUUUGCAGAAGCUCCAGCAUACAGGCUGGUGACAAUGAAGGCAAUGUUGGAGUCACCAGACAGAGCUCGGAGCUUUCCCAUAGUCAUGGAUCUCGCACUGACCUGCCUUCUCUUCCAUAAAGUGCAGGACUGCAAAAGGACACAAGCUCCUUGAGGCCAGAGGUGACAUCUUGUUCAUCAGUAUAUUCUCAACACCUGAGCAACUUGGGGCAUACUGGAAGCCUUUCAGUAAGUGUUUCUGAAAAGAAAGUAAAAAAGAGAAAAAAAGACAGAAUAACUGCUAUAAAGAUAACACUCUGAGCUCCUAGUUUGGCAGAAGUCUGCAAAAUCAUCUUUGAAAGCAGACUAUACAAUUGCAAGCACUGAACCAAUUUAUGAGAUAGGGCAUUGCAUGUUUCUCUUUUUGGAAUAGUAACAAUAUUAAACUUUGGUCCUUAAUUUUCUAAGAUAAUACAGUAUUGUAAAAUGAUGUGCUAUGCAACAGAAAAACCUGGUGGAAAUCAAGUUCCAUCCACGCCAAUCAGGCACACCUCAAGUUUCUUAAGCUGAGUGCUACCACUGUGAGAAAUGUUUGAUCAGGUCUGAGACAGGCCUCCCAGAGUUACAAUUAGCUGGAGGCUUUGCCUUUUUUAGCUGUUUUGCCAUCUUCUACUUCAUAAUACCAAAGUGAAAGCAUUAUUGCAGAUGUGCUUUUCAAAAUACAAAUGGCAUAAUUCCAAAAAGAAAUGAAGUGGAAACUUUCCAAAUUACAUCAUGGAACAUCUUACUUGUUCCUUAUUAAAACCAGAUGCACUAGACCACAGGUGUCAAACAUACGGCCCAUGGGCCGAAUCCGGCCUUCCACCUUGUUUUAUCCGACCCGGCACUUUGUUUCUACCUGGCGGUAGUGCCGAACUCUCACUUAACUUAUAAGGAGUAGUUACAUUUAUACAGUCCUAAAAUUACAUUCUGCCCUUUGAAGGCAACCAUGAGGCUGAUGUGGCCCCCAGUGAAGUGAGUUUGACACCCCUGCACUAGAUGAACCCAACUUUCAAUUACCCAACUUGUCAAAAACAACAGUUGGCGGCAAGUAAUUAAGAGGGGGCUGGUAGCUCCAUGAUACUAGUAGUAAAAAGCUAAAUGGCAGACUAGUCAGUAGUUUAACAGAAAAACGGAAGAAAGAGCUAACAAGAGCCCUCAUGGGAUCCCACUUAUCCCUGGGGCAUCCAGAAGACUUAACAGGCAUGGACUGGGUUGCACCCACGCAGGAGCAAUAGGAGUGGACAUGGAGCAGACUUGAAAGCAUUCUCCAAGCCAUAAGAUCACUGGCAAAGAUCAGAAGUCUUAUUAGCUCAAAGUGCUUAAGCAGAACCUCUGACGUGGCUGAACAUAUAUUAUAAGCAUGUUCAAAGACAUAAAGGAAACCAUGUUUAAAGAAUGAAUGGAACAUAUAAUAAGAAAAAUCAGUGAACCUGCAGGCAGAUCAGUAAAGAUCAUAAAAUCUGAAAAACAAAAACAGAAUUAGAAAUGAUCAGAGCCUCAAAGAAAUGUGAGCCAACAUUAAAUGUACCAACAUAUACAAAAUGGGAAUACCAGAAGAGAGAAAAGGGACAAAACAAAUGUUUUAAGAGUUAAUGGCUGAAAACUUGCCUAAAUUUUAUGAAAAACAUUAUCCAAGCAACUUCACAAACUCAAACAAGGAAAAAUGCAGAUUUCUGUACCCAGACAUAUCAAAAUGCUGAAAAGCCAAAAAUAAAGGGAAAAUUCCUGAAAGUAAUGAACUGAGAUUGGCAACCCCUCACCCACCUCAGGGGAGUCUGGAUGUAGACACACAAAGCCUGCCUGGGCCUCCACCCCAGUGCCACCCUUUCCUCGACCAGCUGGGAAUCAUGACAUUAAACAGAUGCUCUGGAUAUAAAUAACACAGUGCUAUGAUAAGCCAUUUUAUGAACAAGAACUUUUAUUAAACUGUGAAAUAAAACAUAAAGUGAACAAAUGUUAGCAGGUAAUACUCUACUAUGGAGAGGGAAGUCAGAAUACUGGUUACUUCUCUGUGUCAGAAGGGACAGGAGGGAACUGUCUAGAAUGCUGGGCAUGCUCUGUACUAGGGUUAGCAAACUGUCUCUUGGGCUACAUCCUGCCCACUGUCUGCUUUCCUUUAGACAGCUGUAUUGGAAAAAAAGUCAUGCCCAUUUAUCUACCAAGUUUGCCAACCUUGCUGUGUUACAAUCUGGGUAGUGAUGACAACACACACACACACACACACACAUUCACGUACAUAUGUAAAUUCACUGAGUUGUCUAUUUUAAAUUCUACAGUAUUUUAUGUCAAUAAAAAUAAAAAUGUGUUACACUUCUUAUGGUUUCCUAUACUGGACAGUUACUGUAAAGCUGGUCUUUUUUUCCUUAAACAUGGCAAGCAAACUUGCUUGAUCUUUACUUGAUUAUUCUAAUACAUGAAAGCUUUGGGUGUCAGUCUCUCACACCUGAUGUUUCUGCUGAAUCUCAUACUUGGUAUUGUUUCCUGUAUGCCUAGGUAAUUCUGACUUGUGCUAGUCGCUGCCUUUAUAAAAUUAUCGGUGGGCAUUUCCCGAGGCUUCAGAGCCAUGUCUUCCUGCAGAGAGGAGUUCCAUUGCUUCUGCCAUUGGCCUGGAGCACCACCAGGCUAACACUACUUCCAGGUCACCUCCUGUGUUCCGUUUGCCAUCCUGGAGGGUGUAAAAUCUGUAUGAGGGCCUGCUUCAUUGCUUCCAGCUUCCACCCAACUUUGUCCCUUCUUUCCCUUUCCUAUUCUUCCUUUAUAUUUUCCUGUUUUCUUUUCUUUUGCUCUUCCCUCCACUCAGCAAGGCAGGUUUACUUCUAAUUCACCUACUUCAUGUGAUACAGGUGCUCUUUGGAGUCAUGGCUACUAGGUUUCCUAUCUUGUGGGUUGUGGGGCUGUCUUUUCUCCUUCACAACACAUUGUGUUCAAUAGCACAUCAAACAACAUGGCCUACUGUGCUCAGUUCUUGUGGUCCCUAGAUUUUUGUCUGUCAACUCUUCGGUGCUUUUGUCUUUUUUAUAGUGGGGUGUGUUUUAUUGAGAUAUGUUUUAAGAGCACAGAGGAAGGGUAUCUCUAUAGUAGAGAACACUUCCGGGAUAGGGUGAUGGAAAGUAGUUGAGGGUCACUCUACAAAAAAACUAACCAAAAUGCUCCAAAACUGUUAAGAUUAUAAGAAAUUUAAGAAAAGUCUGAGAAAAUGUCACAGUCCAAAUGAGUCCACUGAAUUAUUAUGAAGACAAGGUAAGGUGGUAUUCUGGAACAGAAAAAGGACCUUAGGUAAAAACUAAGAAAAGCUGAAUAAAGUUAUAGACUUUCUAUAACAAUAACAUAUCAGUAUUGAUUCAUUUCAACAAAGGUAUCAUAUUAAUAGAAAUUAGUAAUGGGGAAAACUGGGUGUGCAGUGUAAGGAAACUCUACACCACCUUGGUAGUAUUUCUACAAACCUAAAUAUAGGUUUAUAUUUUAAAAGUUUAUUUUUGAAAAUUAUGUAGCAGGGCAGAAUAAAUAUAACAGAUUGCUUAACUUGUUUUGGUGUUUUUAUAGUUAUAAAACUAUCUUUCAUCAUGACUUAUAUUUUCCAGUCUCCUAAGGUAUAAUUAUUAGUCAAAGAAAUAUAAAUAAU